AUGAAUUCCAAGACUUUGGAAAUAUUAAAUUUGAUGGAUGAGAAAUCCUUCAAAAAGUGCGAGAAAUUAAUUAAUGUGGGACUUAAGAGUAAAAAAAAUGAAAGAAUCUAUUUAUUAUUAAAAUGUUUACUACAUUCAUAUUUAAAUGAAAUAAAGGAAUGUAAAAGCAUUUUAAACAAUAUAGAUUCUGAUGAAUUGGAUGAGAACAUGUUUUAUAUAUUAGUAAAUAUAUAUAGUAAUAUAAAUGAAGAAGUAAAAUUAAUAGAUAUAUAUGAAGAUAUUUUAAAAAAAGUGGACGUUAAUAAAAAUAAUAAUAAUAAUUUAAAAUGUGUAAAUAAACAGAAAUUGGAUUCAGAAAGGAUAUUAAAAAAUUUAUUUGAUUAUUGUUUAAAUAAUUGUUUUUAUAAAAGAGGUAAUCAAAUAUGUUUAAAAUUAUAUAAGAGUACAAAUGAUAGUAAAUAUUUAUUGUAUAAUAGUUUAUUAUUAUAUAUGAAUAAUGCAGAUAAUAAUAUGAAUGUGUAUAAUUUAUGUUUAAAUUUCUUAAAAAAUUAUCAAUGUUUAAAUACUGAUAAAGUUAUUGAAAAUUUUUCCUUUUUUCUAAUAUUAUAUUUUUUAAAUAUAAAAAGAAGAAAGUUUCAAGAAUGCUUAGAUAUAAAUGAAUAUGCUUAUAAAAAUGAUUACUUAUUACAUCCUUUACAAUAUAAUAUAUAUAAAUUAUAUACAUAUCUAAUAUUUAAUAAACUGGAUAAAUGUAUAGAUAUUGUAACAUAUCUAAUUAAACAAAUACCAGAAAAUACAGAUUAUUAUAUUUUAUACAUGGAUAUCCUUAUUCAUUUAUUAAAUAAACAAGAUGAAAAAAUAAUACAUCAUUUAGCUUAUCAAAAAAAUGAAAAUAAUAUAUUUCAUAAUUAUAAAAAGAAUUAUUUAAUGUACAUAGAAUUUUGUAAAAAAUGUUUUAUUAAUACAUAUAUCAAAAAUAAAACAAGUAAAAAAUUUAUUCCUAGGGAUUUAUCAGACUUUUGGAAAAGUAUAAUCCAAACACAAAAUGAUACAACGUAUUACAACAAUAAUAUGAAUAGUAAUAAUAAUAAUAAUAAUAUGAGUAAUAAUCAUAUUAGUAAUAAUAAUAUGGAUGAUAAUAAUUAUGACCAUAUUAAUAAUAAUAAUCAUGAUCAUAAUUAUCAUUAUUUUAUGGAUAAUGUUAUUCAAGAAAUCAUAAAGGAUAUACUUUCCAUAUAUAAAAAUGUACAAAAUAAAAUAUUAAAUAAUCAAUAUAAAGAAAUAUAUAAUCAAAAUAUACAACAUAAUGUAUGGGAAUUUCUUGACAUAAUUAAUAUGUUAGAUAGUAACAUAAAGAAUUACAAAGAAGAUAUUUCAUUAAUAUAUAAAAAUAUAAAUACGAUUAAACCAUUUUUAUAUUUCCUAUUUAUAUUUAUUUUAAAAGAAUGUGAAAAUUACCAAUUAUUAUAUUAUAUCAAAAAUUAUAUUAGUUUUUUAAAUGAUGAUAUGGUAUCCAUAUUAAUAAUUUUUAUAACAUGCAUAAGAAAUAUUAUCUAUUCAUUAAUUGAAGAUGCAUUAGAAAAUAUAAAAUCUGCAAAGGAUAAUAAUAAUACAUUAACACAAUCUCCAAAAGAAACAGAAGAAAUUAAAUAUAAAAAAAGAAAAAUAUUAAACUAUUAUAAACAAAUAUAUAAUUUCGAAAAGUUAUUAUAUAUAUUAUACAAAAAGGAUGUACAUAAGUCAUUCAAUAAAUUAUUAUCCUUAUAUUAUGAAGUAACUAAUGUUAUAAUUAUAACAGAUGAUAAUAUGGUCACCUUAUUAGUAGAAAUGGCUUUAUAUUUAGAUAAAUGUAAUAUAUGUAAAAUAAAAAACGAAUUAAAUAUUAAUAAAAAUAUUAAUUGCAUGUUGUCAAAAUUUUGUGAUAUAAAUGGUAUAAAGAUGGAAAUAAAUGAAUAUAAAAGUGUGCAGGAUUUUUUAAAUUUAAUUGAUUAUUCAAAUAAAGGAAUAUAUAGCAAUAAUGUAAAUAAUGUGAAUAAUAUAAAUAGUGUGAAUAAUAUAAAUAAUGUGAAUAAUAUAAAUAAUGUGAAUAAUAUAAAUAAUGUGAAUAAUAUAAAUAGUGUGAAUAAUAUAAAUAAUGUGAAUAAUAUAAAUAGUGUGAAUAAUAUAAACAACCACGUUGAUCAUAAUUAUAUAAUGUCAAAUAAUUUUUCUUAUAAUAUUUCAUUAGAACAAAAUGAUGUAGAAAAGAAAAAAAAAAUAAAUAUAUCACAUGAUAUAAAAUUAGUACAUAGAGGUUAUUAUUUGAUUGUAUUAAGUUUAUUAAAAUAUGCUCAUCAAUAUAAUAUGAAUGUAACAAAAAGUAAUAAUGAACAAAAAAAAAAACAACCAGUAUUAAAUAAUGAAUAUAUAAAUGUAUUAGUAUUAAAAAUAUAUCUAAAUAAUAUUAUAGGUAACUUUUCUAAUCUUUCAAUGAUUACAGAAAAAUUAAAUAUUAAAAAUAUACAACUAAUAACAUUUUCACCAAUAUUAUUUAUGCACACAUAUUAUUAUUCUUAUUAUGAUACAUAUAUAGAUAGAAUAUUAAAAAAUAUAUUAAAUUAUUAUACUGUUCAACAAAGUACUCUGAAAAAUACCAUACCUAAAUGCUUUCAAAAUAAUUCUUCAUUUAAAAUUAAUGAAAUUAUUAAUUCAUAUUUUUUAAAUUCUUCUAACAUAAUGAUGUAUUAUAUAAAAUUAAUAUAUCUUUUUAAAAAACAAAUCGAGGCACAAAAAGGAGUCUUCUAUUUUCAUCUUUUCAGUAGUUUGAAAAAUUUCUAUUUAUGUGACCAGGAGUAUGUUACUAAGUUUCCCAUAUCAAAGGAGUAUAUCAACAACAAUAAUAAUAACAACAAUAAUAAUAGUAACCAUAAUAUUAUGAAUAAUAAUAAAGGAGUUAAGGGACAUGCACAAAUAAAACUAAUAAAAGAUAAAACUAACCAAAAUAAUAAAGAUAGUUCACAUAAUAAUGAUAGUAACUGUUGUGAAGAUACACAAGAUAGUGAUAUUAAUGAACUAUCAAACAAAGAAGAAAUGAAAAACACAAAACAGGAAAUAAUUAUAAAAAAAGAAAAUAUAAUACAAAAAAUAAUGUUUGAUGAAAAUAAAAAUUAUCCAUUAUAUUUAUUAAUUAAAUUAAACAAUGAUAAUAUCAAUGAAACAUAUCCUUUUAAAGAACUGUAUUCGAAAUUGUUAUUAAAUAAAUAUCAUUUUUUAAUUAUAGAUAAUCAAGUAGUAUUAAUGAAAUAUAAUAUUCCAUCAUUUCAUUUUUCUUUCUAUAAAGCAUUCGACACAUUCUUUUUUAAUAAUAUAUUAUACGAAUCAUUAGAUGAUAUCGACCAUUUUCAAUAUUUGAAAAAAAUUAAAGUAUUAACACCUUCAGAAGUAUGUGGAGUACAUAUGAUAAGAGAUAUAAAAACCAUAUAUCCUAUGAUAUUUUUAUCCAACUUUUAUAAUAAUAAAGGAAGUGUUCAAAUAGCUAGUCACGAACAUGUAUCUAAUAUAACAAAAGUGAGUGAUCUAUUUGGUAUUCCAUCAAUUACUAGUGAUAAAUAUUUGGAUUGUGAACAUGAACAAAUGAAAAAUAUUCACAAUGAUUAUACAAAUGGUUGUACUAAUGAUUAUACAAAUGGUUAUAAUAAUGAAUAUACAAAUGGUUGUACUAAUGAUUAUACUAAUGAUUAUACAAAUGGUUAUAAUAAUGAAUAUACCAAUGAUUAUACCAAUGAUUAUAAUAAUGAUUAUACCAAUGAUUAUAAAAAUCAUAACACUUUAAAUUAUAAACAUAAAAUAUGUGACUGUAAUAGUGAUGAUAUUAUGUCAUAUGAAAAUUUAAAAAAAUACGCAGAUUAUUCAUUAAAAUCACAUGAGGUCAACUUUUAUACAAACCCUAAUACAUACGUAUCGUUAGAUAAAGAUAAUUACAUUUAUAAAAAUAAAUUUAUUUUUAGACAAAAUAAAUAUAAUGAUCAAUUUAAUCACUUUUCAAAAUAUUCCCCUUUUGAUAAUUGUUUAACUGAUCUUUUUAAUUAUCCAAUACAAAUGAUAUAUAUAAAUUCUAUUAUACUUAAUACCGUUACAUAUAUAUUUCACAAGGCAUAUUAUUUUAAUACAUUCCAAGAGGAUAAAAUAAGAAAAAAAACACUUAAGAAAGUUAAGUGUGCAUAUGCCUAUUUGUUAUAUAUUAUUUAUUAUUAUGAAUUAACUAAAUAUGAAAAAGAAUCUAGUGAUAAUAAUACAGAAAUGCUACCUAUGAAUGAUAAACAAAAUAUUACAAAUGUUAAUAAUUAUAUGGACAUGAAUUGUAACCAUUUCGUAAGUAAUAAUCACCAAACAAAUGAAAACAACAACAACAACAAUAAUAAUAGUAAUAAUAAUAAUAAUAAUAAUAAUAAUAAUAAUAAUAAUAAUAAUAAUAAUAACAUUUGUAACAAUCAUGUUAAUCAUAUGAAUAAUAUUAAUCAUAAUAAUUACAAUAAUUAUGAUAACGAUGUAUACGAAUAUUCAGAUCUUAUAUUAGAUCAAAAAAAGAAAUAUACAGUCAUCAAAAAUAAAAGUAACUAUCAAUAUGAUUUUAACCAAUCUUUUCUCUUUAGUGAAAAAUUAGGAUAUUACCCAUACAUACAUAAUCAUGAUAAUUUACAAGCUGCUUUUCAUAAUGAUAUAUAUACAUAUAUUUCGUGUAUGUAUUAUAAAUGCUUAUUAGCCAUUAUACAUAUGUACUUAGAAAUAUUAGAUAACAAAGAUAUAUAUGAAUCCGUUAACAGUAUACAAUCCUUAUACAAUGAUAUAUAUAUGUAUUUAUACAAUAACAUACAUUAUUAUCAAAAUAUAUUAAUUAAUGAUAAUUCCUAUCAGAUUAUUAAUUUAUCUUGUUUAUUUAAACAUUAUAAUUAUCUUGUUCAGAAUAUAACCAUCUUCUCAUUAAUAAUACAAUCAAUAUAUAUGGAUAAAAAAAAAAUUACUUCACACAAUAAUAAUGAUCAUAUCAAAAAUUUACUACAUACACAAAUUAAUUUAUUAACAACCCUAAAUCAAAAAUUAAAUUCCUUGUUAAAUAUUCUAGAUAACUAUACCUCCCAAGCAACUGUAUGCCCUUCAUUUUUAGAGAACUCAGAGCACGAAGUGGUCAAAGAAAUCACAAUGUUUUAUAAAAAACAUGUUACGAAUUUGUGUAAUAUAAUUAAUAAUAAAAUAAUCAUUAUCAAAGGUUAUGCUUGA